GAGAGACGGGAAAUCGGGAAUUGAAGUCACCGUGACUGCGCUGCCCAAUUUGACACAGGGGUUGUGUGGGGAGCACUCCCUGAGCGGGGACUACAGCACAGGACCAAACAUUUUCCCAUAACUGUUUGAGAUGUCGGCCAUGGAGAACGGACAGGAUUUAGCAGAGCAGCCGGUAAAAAAACCCAAAAUGCAGGAUUCUGGAGAGGAAGGUUUAAGUCAAGUGGGCAGCAAUGAAACUGUUGAACGUAAAGCAGAGCCAUCUUCAAAUAUGUCAUCAAACCACACCAUGCCAAGUGAAAUCCUACCCUGUGCAGAUUACAUUCUACGUGCAAAUGACUAUACUUCACAGAUCUAUCCUGCAAAACCAUAUACCCACAUCCUCUCCGUAGCAGAAACAGUGGCAGCAUAUACUGGGCAAACACAGUAUCAAACGUUGCAGCAGCCAUCUCAGCCAUACACCGUUUACCCUCAGGCUUCACCAACAUAUGGUCUACCUCCCUUUGGAGCUCUGUGGCCAGGUAUCAAAUCUGAAAGUGGUUUAAUUCAGACACCAUCUUCACCUGUUGUGCUAACAUCAUCAGGAGUUACCAGCAGCCAGUCCAGUCCUGUUCUCUACUCAUAUCCUGUGCAAGCUUCAUCUACAAAUGCCAGUGCUAUAUCUAGCCCUACAACCAUUGCAAAUAUUUCAAUCCCAACAGUUACCAGCAUUUCAAACCAGGAGUACCCAACAUACACAAUUCUUGGGCAAAAUCAGUAUCCACAGUGUUACCCAAAUCAAGGUUUCCCACCAUCAGCAUCCUCCAGUAAUGCAGAGGCCAACUCUGUUCCACAAUCUUUUGCGGUGGAUAAAGCAGAAAACACAGUACCAACACAGGCAUCUCAGCAGCCACUAACUGACAAUGCAAGAGCAAUGGGCAGCAAGGAGACUGAAGAGCAAAAUAAGAAAACUGCGCCUGUAAAGAACAGAGGGAAGAGUAAGAAAGCAGAUGCCUCCUCGCCACAACACAGUGAUCUUGAGCGUGUGUUUUUGUGGGACUUGGAUGAGACCAUUAUCAUCUUUCACUCUCUGCUCACCGGGUCAUAUGCACAAAAGUAUGGAAAGGACCCUACAUUGGUGGUGGAAUCAGGUUUGGCCAUGGAAGAAAUGAUCUUUGAAGUAGCAGACACACAUUUGUUUUUCAAUGACUUGGAAGAGUGUGAUCAGGUUCAUGUGGAAGAUGUAGCUUCUGACGACAAUGGUCAGGAUUUAAGUAACUACAGCUUCACAACGGAUGGUUUUAAUGGUACAGCAGGCGGUAGGAAUCACUCGACAAAUGCUGGAGUGCAGGGAGGCAUGGACUGGAUGAGAAAGCUGGCUUUCCGAUAUCGAAAAGUUAUAGAGGUGUAUGAAAAAUACAAGAACAAUGUUAGUGGCCUUUUAAGCCUGCAGCGGCGUGAUUCUCUCCAGAGGUUGAGAGCUAAUAUAGAGGCCCUGACAGAUGGCUGGUUAGGGACUGCUCUAAAAUGUUUACUGCUUAUACAGUCCAGAAAGAAUUGUGUGAAUGUUCUUAUAACAACAACACAGUUGGUCCCUGCACUGGCUAAAGUUCUGCUCUAUGGUUUGGGUGAAGUGUUUCCUAUCGACAAUAUCUACAGUGCCACAAAAAUAGGAAAAGAAAGUUGCUUUGAAAGAAUAGUGACAAGAUUUGGGAAAAAAGUUACUUAUGUGGUAAUUGGAGACGGAAGAGAUGAAGAGAUGGCAGCAAAACAGCACAAUAUGCCCUUCUGGAGAAUAACAAACCAUAAUGACCUCAUCUCACUACACCAAGCUCUGGAACUGGACUUCUUGUGAGGAACUCUGAUAGAGGUUGGACUUCUACAAGCCUUUUAGAAACCCAAAGACCUGCAUUCAGGCACUAGAGAAACAAAUGUGGCCACAAGCUUUAGGCCUAAGGUGAAAAUGUAACUGAUCUGAAAGACUCGGCUCGGCUUCAGAUCCAGAGGUAUGGCCACCCACUGAUUCUACCCACAACACAAAAUUGCAACAUUUUCUACAGUUUUAUUCAAGGUGCUGCCAUUCAUCAGUUUCAAGAUCCUACUCUCUUCUAGACGUCCGCCUUUCUCUCUAAAGUCCACUUUUAGAUAAGCAACUCUUUCUCCAGCUCCUACUAGAGGACUUUGACUGAAAGCCAUCAGUAGACAAUGUUAUUUUAGUGCAAGUAGGGGGAUUUUUUGAUCUUUUUUUCACAGUAUAAUGAAAUGAUUGUAGCAGUGGACUCUAAUUUUUCCUAGAAACGUAAACCUUUCUGCCUUUUCAAAUGAAGUAAACAAAUCUGAGAUAGAUUGUCUGCAUCAGACUAGAUACUACUUCUUUACUGCUCUUUACCGUGGAGUCUGCACCCAUCAGGUUAUAAAUACACUUCUGGGAUUUUUAAUAGUAACUCUGAAGAAAAGCAUGUGCGUAUGAUUUUUUUUUUUUUUCUGGACUGCCAUUCUGGAAAAGUUUCUGAAAUACCUCAAUGGCCCCUACCAUUAUUUCACCUUGGAUGACAGUAACUUAUUAAAAUGUGUUUUUUUUUUCCUUCUUU